AUGGCAGCCGGAGAUCCUGUCCCUCGCAGUUUGUACAUUUACGCCCCUAACCAAGGCGCCCCGAUCUUCUUCACCAUCGCCUUUGCCAUCUCUGCGGUUUUCCACAUCUGGCAAUGUUUCCGCUACAAAGCCUUCCGACUGAUCGGUCUGCACCCGAUAUGCGCCGUCCUCUUCACCGUCGGCUAUGCCCUCCGCGAAUGGGGCUCCUAUCAUUAUUUGUUUGAUCCCGCCGACCGAACCCCCUUGGUCACCUUUAUCGUCAGCCAGGUCUUCAUCUACGUUUGCCCCCCCCUCCUCGAACUCUCAAACUACCACAUCCUCGCCCGCCUCUUCUCCUACAUCCCCCACUGCGCCCCAAUCCCCCCCUCCAGCGUCCUCAGCACCUUUGGCGGCCUCAUGGCCAUCGUUGAGCUCCUCAACUCCCUCGGCGUCUCCUUCUCCGCCAACCCGUCCUCUUCCACCAAACAACAGACUCUCGGCGGCCAGCUCACCAUCGCCGCUGUGUCGAUCCAGUUGGGGAUUAUCACUGUUUUUGUUGGGCUCGCGGUGAUUUUUCAACGGCGGUGUGCUGCUGCGGCGAGGGAGCGGGGGCAGCAGACAGGGGGUGGGAAGAAGGUGAGGACGAUGUUGUGGACGUUGUAUGGGAGUAUGGGGUUGAUUUUGGUGAGGUGUGUGUACCGGCUGGUGGAACAUGCGGGGUAUACGCAUAUUGAGUUUCGGGAUAUCGAGGCGUUGAAGAGGUUGAGUCCGUUGGUGAGGUAUGAGGCGUUUUUUUAUGUGUUUGAGGCUUCGUUGAUGUUGGUGAACUCGGUGGUGUGGAAUGUGUGGCAUCCGGGGAGGUUUUUGCCGCGUGAUGGUGUGACGUAUUUGGAGGUGGAUGGGACGGAGGCUAGGAGGGUGAAGAGGGGGGAGAAUUGGGCGUCGGUGGUGUGGAUGGUGGCGAAUAUUGCUACGUUUGGGGUGUUGGGGUUGGUUUUUCCUAGGAGGGAGAGGAAUGAGGAGGCUCAUGAGCUUCGAGGGGGGUCGCAGAGGAGCGAGGCUGGAAUGAUCUGA